UCACUACAGAAGUUCGUCGACCGGUUGGUUUCUUCUUCCGGAUUCCAUUUAGUUGUUAAUGGUUGACCAUUGACCCUUUUUUAAAAAACUUCUGGUGUGCAAAAUGCUGCUUUUUGUUCGGUGAGGGAGCCAAAGACCUCCUAGGAAAUUGCUUAUAAAACCGUCGUAGUGGACGUCAUUCUAGGAAUGAAGUUCUUUCCUAGAGCAUUUUCCUACUGAUUUCCCACCUGCUCUGCCAUUUGUCUGUGAAGAAAGAACCCGGAAACAAUGACAGGAAGCUCCUAUUCUCCUCUCGAUUACCACUCCUUCCUCCUAGCCAUCACCACCACCUCCUUCACCGCAGCCAAGAAGCGAUGGCGCUUUGCCUGCUUUGUGAUAUACGCCCGCCGGGUCAUGGUCUCCCUGGCCGAGGAGAUCGUGGCCCGUAGGAACUGCACUGAUUCCGACAUCUCGUUCGGUCAUCCCUACACUGCCCUCGACAUUGGGUUGGUUGACCUGGAUCACCCGGCGACGGGGAUUGAUACUGUUCCAUUGGUCCCGAGUACUAAUCACGCGAAGCUCGUUAAGUUGGUCAAGGACAAGGACCUCGCAACUCUUUGUCUGCUCAGCGGAGUCGAAGGCAUCGCGGCCAGUCUUGACACGGAGAUGCAUAGGGGGAUUAGUGGAGAUGAGCACGGGGUGGCCACGCGGCGGGAUAUGUUCGGUUCAAACACUUAUCGAAAGCCGCCUCCGAAAGGGCUAUUGCAUUUCGUGAUAGAUGCAUUUAAAGACACCACGAUCCUGAUACUACUAGUUUGUGCGGGCCUUUCUCUUGGCUUCGGCAUGAAAGAACAGGGGAUACAAGAAGGGUGGUAUGAAGGUGGAAGCAUAUUCGUUGCCGUCUUCCUGGUCAUAGCCGUCUCCGCUCUCAGUAACUUCAGACAGGAGACGCAGUUUGACAAGCUAUCCAAGAUAAGCAACAACAUAAAAGUCAAUGUCGUGAGAGACGCCCGACCUCAAAAGAUCUCCAUUUUUGACGUGGUGGUCGGGGACGUUGUCUCACUAACUACUGGCGACCAGAUCCCCGCAGACGGUUUAUUCUUGGACGGCCAUUCCUUGCAAGUCGAUGAGUCGAGCAUGACAGGAGAGAGCGACCACGUUGAAAUCGAUCCGGAUCGGAAUCCAUUCUUAUUUUCCGGCGCCAAGGUGGUCGAUGGAUACGCUCGGAUGCUCGUGGUGUCCGUCGGCAUGGACACUGCGUGGGGCGAGAUGAUGAGCUCCAUCUCUGGAGAUUCGAAUGAAAGAACGCCAUUGCAAGCUCGGUUAGAUAAACUAACCUCUUCCAUCGGAAAGGUAGGCCUCGCUGUAGCCUUUCUAGUCCUUGUUGUGCUGUUAGUCCGAUAUUUUACUGGGAACACUGAAGAUAAGAACGGAGAUAAGGAGUACAAUGGUAGCAAAACUAGUACGGACGACAUACUGAAUGCGGUUGUCCGAAUUGUUGCUGCUGCUGUCACGAUAGUCGUGGUGGCAAUUCCCGAAGGCUUGCCCCUGGCCGUAACGCUCACAUUGGCAUAUUCCAUGAAGAGGAUGAUGGCGGACCAGGCAAUGGUCAGGAAGCUUUCUGCUUGCGAGACCAUGGGGUCGGCCACCAUAAUUUGUACAGACAAGACCGGCACGCUAACGUUGAAUCAGAUGAAGGUAACCCAAUUUUGGUUGGGGGAAGAAUCCAUUGGAGAAGAUUACUACAACACAAUUGCCCCUAAUGUUGUUAAGCUAUUCCAUCAAGCUGUUGGACUAAACACCACAGGUAGCGUGUUUAUUCCUUCAUCAGGAGCUGAACCCGAAAUUUCUGGUAGUCCUACUGAAAAAGCUAUUCUUUCUUGGGCUUUCUAUGCAAUGAAUAUGCAAAUGGAAGAAAUCAAGAACAAAUACACCAUUCUUUAUGUCGAUACUUUCAACUCGGAAAAGAAACGCAGUGGUGUCCUCAUAAAUGAGAAGGGCGACGACACCGUGUAUGUGCAUUGGAAAGGAGCUGCCGAGAUGAUUUUAGCAAUGUGCUCGGCUUACUGUCAUAUUGAUGGUACCGUACAAUGCAUGGACGAUGCCGCAAGAAUUAAUUUCGAGAAAAUAAUCCAAGGUAUGGCCGCUAGUAGCCUCCGAUGCAUCGCUCUUGCUUACAAGCAAGGCGUAGACGGUGGAUUCCAAUACGAUGAGAAGGACAAGAGAAUGCUGCAGGAAGAUGGCUUGACACUGCUAGGAAUAGUUGGCAUCAAGGAUCCGUGCCGACCGGGGGUCAAGAAAGCUGUAGAAACUUGUGCAUUAGCUGGAGUGGCCAUCAAAAUGAUCACUGGAGAUAAUGCCUUCACAGCGAAAGCUAUUGCGACGGAGUGCGGGAUUCUUGGUCUGGAUACUGGAAAUGAAGGCAUAGAGGUGGUGGAAGGUUCAGAGUUUCGAAACUACACCCACGAAGAGAGAAUGCAAAGAGUCGAUCAAAUCCGUGUUAUGGCUAGGUCCUCCCCUUUCGACAAGUUGCUGAUGGUGCAGUGCUUGAAACAGAAGGGCCAUGUGGUUGCGGUCACCGGCGACGGCACAAACGAUGCACCGGCACUAAAAGAAGCGGAUAUUGGACUUUCCAUGGGCAUCCAAGGGACCGAGGUUGCCAAAGAGAGCUCCGACAUCGUCAUAUUGGAUGACAAUUUCGCUUCUGUUGUGACGGUAUUGAGAUGGGGGCGAUGCGUCUACAACAAUAUCCAGAAAUUCAUACAGUUCCAACUGACGGUAAACGUUGCUGCUUUGGUAAUCAAUUUCAUUGCAGCAGUUUCAGCAGGUGAGGUUCCUUUAACCGCAGUACAAUUACUGUGGGUGAAUCUCAUCAUGGACACACUAGGUGCUCUUGCCCUUGCCACAGAGCAACCAAGCGAUGAAUUGAUGGAGAAAUCGCCAGUGGGUCGGACGGAACCACUCAUAACCAAUGUUAUGUGGAGGAACCUACUAGCCCAAGCACUUUACCAGAUAGCCGUCCUCCUGACCCUGCAAUUCAGGGGUGAGUCCAUAUUCAAUGUGAGUGCAGCGGUGAAUGACACAUUAAUCUUCAACACUUUCGUGCUUUGCCAAGUUUUUAAUGAGUUCAACUCAAGGAGCUUGGAGAAGCAGAAUGUAUUCAAAGGCAUCCACAGGAAUCACCUGUUUCUUGCGAUUAUCGGGAUCACGAUCGUGCUUCAAGUGAUCAUGGUGGAGUUCCUGAAGAAGUUUGCCGAUACCGAGAGGCUAAACUGGGGGCAAUGGGUGGCUUGCAUACUGCUGGCGGCAGUGUCUUGGCCGAUCGGUUGGGUGGUGAAGUUAGUACCCGUUUCGAGUAAGCCGUUCUUUAGUUACCUUAAAAAGUUGAAGCUGGGAUUCGUCAGGCCUAUCCAAAACAUCUUCCGAAGAAAGCCGUCUCCCUCCAUGCUCGGCAUCCGCUGCGAGACUGCAUAAGAACAGCUCUGCAGAAAACUUAGUUCAAGGUUGACUUGUUCAUG